CGGAGUGUUUUUGUGGAGCGUCAGGCCUGGGACAGCAGCAACAGCAGCAGCGAGGAAGCUAACGGCUAAAGCUGCUCGCAGGCUGUAAUCCCCGGAUGAAACCAUCAUGGCUGCCACUCGAUGAGCUGUCAAGCUCUCCACAAAAGAAAAAGAAACCAGAAGAAACAUGGAUGUUUGCACAGCCACCUCAACGGGCCACAGAAAACGGCAAGUCAGCAAGAAGAAUAGAAGCUGGUACAGACGGCUCCACCUCAGGAAAACUGUCGUUCAGCCCCCAGCUAUGCAAAGCCUAGAUAAGAAUGGGCCAAAGAAGAUAGCGAAGAAGUGGGAGCAGACCAGCGUUUGGCCUCCAUCGAAGGAGCCUCCCCGGGAAGCCCGAGUCACAAACGACGGCGGCAGUAUGCUCAGGUUCCCCUGCUCUCAGUGUGGGGACAACUCGGAUUAUGCCGCCAAAGACCUGGCGAGGCACUUCUUGGAAAAACACGGAGGCAGUCCACCCGUUUUUUCCUGCCAUAUGUGCACCUUUAGCACCCAUGAAUUCUCCUACCUUCAGGUUCACCUGCUAAGCCACAAAGACACUUUUUCUACCUGCAGCAUGUGCAACGACAACGUUCAGCGCACCUGGCCUGAGUUUAGUGCACACCUGACUAUGUAUCACUGCUCGGACGGGAUGUAUUUAUGCGAAACGUGCAAGAAAUUCUCAACAUGUGACUUUCGGGUGUUUCUAGACCACAUAUAUAAACAUAAUUUAACCGUUGAAGAAAAAGAAGUUGGUGGUCAUGAGUUCUGCGGCGGCGAGGCGCCUGAGAAAUGGAUGAUCAAUAAGAGCGUUAAAACUGCUCAUGUUUGCCAGAAUGGCAACCAGAGAAAAGAUGGGAGGCGAAUUCAUUCCAUAUCAAUGAAACCAAAUGAGCAGAUCCCCAGAGUGAAGACGAGGUUAACGAGAAGCACAGUCAGAGACACCUGCUGGUUGACGCAGGACUGUCUGUCGCUUCCCGGGAAGGAGUUUCUGGAUAAAUACUGCCAUCUUUCUGACCCACAGACAACGUUAGAAGAGACUCAGCAGUUUUUGAUGCAAUCUGUCGCCGGGGAAACCGACGACCAGAAGUGGACCAAGGCUCUCAAAUCCGUUCUAUCAAACGUCCCUCAGAAAAACUCAGAAAACGGCAUCGCGCCCAACACAUCAGAUCUCGCCGUCCUCACUGUCAAGAACAAAAUAACGCUAGCUCAGAACGGUGCCGCUUACGCGAAAAGGUUGAAAAUGGCCUCCGCAGAUAAGGAACCUACCUGUCCCCAAAGCGCCAAUGGCGACUCUUUGUGUGCAAGUGACCAGAACGGAUUUAAUCCAAAUCUGAAAAACCAGGCGCCUUGUUUGAUUGAAAACAAACCGUGCAGUGACUUCUUGUCGUCUGGCGCUGGGACGCAGGAAAACCGGGAGAACCGCAAAUUAAAGACUGAUUCAGAGAUCCAGGAAAACGGUGAAAAACUGGAAGAGCCUGUAGAUGAUGUGGGCAUCUGCAAGUCGAGUGAUUUAAAGUUGCCGAAUGAGAGUGAGGGGAAGAUGAAAAAACGACGGCGGAGAAGAAAAGCCAGGUUUAAAAAAGUGCAAAGAAAACCAGAGGGAAAGGUCUUAAAGAUUGUCAUAAAGAAGAAUCUGGUAAAGGGGAAACAGUGGGUUUCUCAAAGCUCUUCAUCUCCAAAACAUGUUGAGAUCAAUGGUCACGUGGAGCCGCUGAAUCCUCAGCAAAAUGCCAUCAAAGGUUCCCCGGCGGGCCUUCCUGAUCCAUCUAGACAAACUGCAAUCUGUGACUCUGUAGGACCAGCGAAGGCUGAAGAUGCUACGACGGAAAAUGAACAUCGAGACGAUCUAGAGGAGUCACAGGAUUUCUCAGACAAAAGGGGAUCUGCUGAAGGAACAAGCGAGACGAAUCCUGUGGCUGCAUCAGUGACCAAUGUGGGCACGGCGCACAAAGAGUCGGCGCUACAAAAAUCCAACGAGGAGACGGAGGAGAAGAGAAGUCCUGGUGGUUCUUCUCCACAUGUGAAGGCAAAUUUGGACUCGAGCCUUGAACGUCCAGCAGAGCAAAGUGAUCAAGGGUCAAGAUGCGAAGAGGCGUCAACAGAUUUCAGCCAGCAUCUCCUGAGCGGCGUCCGGUCACCUGAAGCUGAAGCAAGUCAGCGGGAGCCGUCAGCGGGGGCGGCUAGGCCUCAUUGUCAGCUGGUUCCGAAACAUCAGCCGAGAACGCUGAGGUUAGUCGCCGUAAAUCCAUCCCAGCCGGUCAAACGUCCGGCGGGACACCAGCCCGUCGUGGUGCUGAACCACCCGGACGCCGACAUCCCCCAGGUGGCCCGCAUCAUGGAGGUUGUCAACAAGUACAGGCAGGUGCGGAGAGUCCUGCUCUCCCGGCAGACUCUCAGGGCUCUAUCGGUUUUGAGUGGUGGUGGGGCGGCAGCGAUGACGGACGAUCAUGGCGAGAACUCGGUGCAGGAGAGGUUCACCCUGAGGCUGAAGUUCCGCAGGGUGAGCAGGAAAAAGUACGAAAUCGUGGGCGUGGCGUCGCCCGGCCGGGACGCCUCAUUGAGGGUUUCCUGCUGGUUCUGUGGCCGGGUGUUCGCAAGCCAGGAGGAGAUGAUGCUCCACCGGCAGCGCCACCUGAUGGACUGGAGGAAGCCAAACUGUGAAAAGUCUUAAACGUCACACGCACUGGAUGGGGUGGGGGGAAGAAAAAUUAAAUCUGGAAAAAAACACUGCAAAAACACAAAAUCUCACCAAAUAUUUUUGGUUUAGUUUCUUUUUUUAAAUAUUGUACUACACUUUAGACAAGACAGAACUAACUAAUAGAUAAGCUUUUAGUUAGUUUCAGUCAGUAAUUCUUAAUAUUGAUGAAAAAGUGCUAAUUUUAUUGGCACUUAUAACAUGAAAAAAUAUCUUGUUAUAAGUGAAAUAAUCUACCAUUGUAACUCGAAUUGGGUUGCUAGGUAACGGGCUGAGCCUGGCUGGCGUUGCUAGGUAACGACUCCAGUAGAACUCUCCCUUUGUCAUCGAUAUUAAGGAAUUGUGUACUUAAAACAAGCCUCUAUAUUUUUGCUAAAACGUUAGUUGUAAGUUAGUUUUGUCUUAUUUCAAGAAUAUUAAGACAUUUGUACUAGAAAGAGCAAAAAUACUUUGCAAGAAUUUGCAUUUUGUAGUGAAAUUAUUAUUUUAGAUCUGUCUUGUGAUUUUUUUAUUUUUUAUUUUUUAUUUUAUAAAUAAAUUGAUGAUGCUUCCUGGAAGUUUCACAUUCUCAGGGUAAACAGUUACCUUUUGUUUCUCUUCCAGUAAAGCUCAAUACAGAGAGUUUAGUUUAUUUCUAUUAGUCUUUUUGCCUCCAAAAAGGUUUUAUUUAAGGUGAUUUAGGUACACUGUCAUGUGGAUUAUUUUAUAAAAACACUGUAAUCUGUUAAUUUGCCAUACUCUCUGUUUUUGGAGCAGAUUAUGUACGGGUAGACUACACAGUGUGGUAGCUGUCAUAUUUAUGUUAUUGGAGGCAGAAUGCUGUAAAUUACUCAGAUAUACCAAAUGUGUGUAUAAAAAUAACAACAAAAAAGUACAAUAAGCUGUCAUUUAUUUAUCCUGCUAGAUUUAGUCUUUUAAUGCUUCUUUUAUGCAUUAUUUCUAAGGAAUCUGUGUAUUUCUAAAUUCUUUUGUAUGAAUGUUGAAUCAUGUUCAGAAAGUAUAUUAUUUACUGUGAGAGCUCUAUUUUUCAUGCAUGUAUGCAUGUUGGUGUUAAUAUCCCUGGUCACAAUUUUUAAUUAUUUUCUGUCAAAAUGGAUUUAGAAAAAGAGAAAAAAAAUAGAUUUAACAGAUUAGAUUUUUGUUUUAUUUCUUGAAGAUUUGAGGUUUGAGGACUUGAAAUGAUGCUAAUUGUUGAAUUGCACUAUAAAAUGUAUUUUCCUGCCCUUUACCUCACCUUUUUAGGCCUUAGCCUUUGACAAUCCUGCUGUGGCUCUUUGUUUCACUAAUGUAGCCACGGCCCCUUAUUUAAAUGGGAAAUGUGUGCAAAAAUCCCUGUUUUCAAUGAUUUAUUUUUAAAUUUAAAUAAUUAGUCUUGUAUAUAAUCUGCUAUAGGUACUGUAAAAAUAAAUAACCUGAGAAUAUUCACCAAGUGCCUGGAAAUUAUGACUAUGCAAUAAAACUGCAUGGGUGUGAUAGCAUUACGAAUGAAACUUGCUGGUUUUGAGUGGCGAUGAGACGAAUCGAAACAUUUUUAUUUAAAUUUUUACAGUAACUGUUGAAGUAAGAAGUCCAGCUCCCUUUUGCUGCGGCAACACUGUCUUAAUUCCUCAUUGAUUUCAAAGGAUCAUUUCCUGACUGAGCAUGAAAAAUCCUAAUAAAACAAGAGUUAUAAAUUC